AUGGCAGGCCCUAUGUUGAACCUCACAAUCUUUACAAAAUCAAGCUACCACGCCCUCCGUGCCAUCUCGCUCGCCACCUUCCCGCCUGGCUUCCUCAUCCUGCUUCUCCAGGGCAUCUUCUCCGAAUGCGUCAAUCCCGCCAUUGGCAUCCUCCCUUUAUUCUUCUCCUCGGCUUACUCCGCAUUGCUGCUUGCGAACGAGAAGAAGUGCGGAUGCCAAGCUAGUGGGUUAACUGGGACGCCGAUUCACCUGGUGUUUGACCUGCUACUUGGCGUCGCGCUGCUAGUGUGCCUGAUCUUGGAUUGGGUAUUCCUCCCUGAUGGGGGCGCUACCCGGGACAUGGUCAUGCUGGGCACUUAUGGGACUAAUUUUCUCAUUUGCAACUUUUUGAUACACCUUUACUUCGUCAUGACGCAGAUCCACGAAGCGCUCCAGCCGGGUACCUAUUAUCCUACUUCAUGCCCGCAGUGUCAGGGUAGAUCUUUUUCGGUCGGGAAGUACAAACUUAACGCGGAGUUACUUAGUGGCUAUGCACCUCUACUAGAUGGAGAGGGCAGGCCCAACAACAGUGCAGGAGAAGCGGUAGUGAGUGAGGGCGAGUCUGCAGUAUAA